UAGGACGACCUUAAUCCGAUGCCAAAUUUGUGAUUGUGUUAGAUAUUGUUGUAGCAGCUUAAUUUAUCUGAUCAGUGUAUAAAGAAAAAAAAAGACUUAAAAAUGUCUGUAAUGUCAGAGCAGAUUAGAACCAGCUUCUGAAACAAAACGUUUUCAUGUUCUGCAGUGGAAUGGAAAUCAUAUUUGGAUCAGCGUAGUGUUGUUUUACUGUGUUUUUUGUGUAGUGGGUACGAGUGAAUUAGAAGAUUGAAUGAGUAAUGGUGGGGUGAAUGUAUCUUUUUUUGUAUUUAUGAAUGUUCAGAGCAGCGGUGGAUGGCACGAGCUAUGUGGUAUUGCUGAGCCGCAUUGCCCGUGAGAGAGCAAGAUACCCAACAAAGCAUAACAUAAAAUAACAAUCAGUGCUGCAGGGAUUCUGAGCUUGGUCGAUCGUCUGUGGAAGAUAUGGGGAAGUCUCCCGGGAAAUGGCUCAAAACUCUGCUGUUUGGGAAGAAGUCGACCAGAUCUCGUUCUACAGAGAGGCUCUCGAGGAAGGACAGCACUAGAGAAAAUGGGAAAAAGUCAUCAAAGGAUCAAGAUGUGAGAAUUCUGGAGAAUGAAUCACAUCAAGACCAUGUGUCCAGUGCUAUUGCACCACUGGAACCAUCAUCUGUAAGCAGAGACAAUGAACAAAAUGGUCCCGUUCGAGAGCAGACUAAGAAGGCAGGAUUUUCUGGCGCAGAAAAGUUAGCUGCCUCACCAUCAAUUGAUAAAUCAGUUUCUAUGCUGGCAGAUGAAGAACAAUCAGAGUCUUGUAUACAGGAAGUCAUUACUACCAGGGAUGACGUGGAAAGACUAAGGGAAGAAUCAGCAGCCAUCAAAGCUCAAUCUGUUUUUCGGGGCUAUCUGGCCAGGAAAGCAUUUCGAGCCCUACGAGGCCUCAUAAGGCUACAAGCUCUUGUUCGGGGACAUUUGGUUAGGCGACAGGCUGUGGGAGCCUUACGCUGUUUGCAAGCAAUUAUUAGAUUGCAAGCUCUAGUUCGUGGUCGCCAAGUUAGAAUGUCAGAACAAGGAUUGGCUGUACAAGGGAAACUUGGACAUAGGCACAAACAUAAUCGUCCAAGAGGAAAUGACUUGGAGAGAAAAAGGUCCACAGGUUUUAUGGCCAAUGGAGCUUCACAAUCAGAAAAACUGUUGGCAAAUGCAUUUGCUCGUCAGCUUUUGGAGCAUGCACCCAAGGCAAAUUCUCUACGAAUUGAUUGUGGUCCUGACAAUUCCAAUUCGGGAUGGGUCUGGAUGGCACGUUGGAUGUCUGCUUAUCCUUUGAAAUAUUCUGAGGAGACAAAUAAUAUAUCAAAGAAGCAAAAGACAAGCGAGAAUGCAAUGUCAACUGAGACUGAAGUGGAAAGGCCAAAGCGCAACUCAAGGAAGGCUUCAAAUUUAACAUCAGAUCAUUUUUCAAAUCAUCCAGAUGUUGAAUCUGAGAAGCCAAAGCGUGGUCUACGAAAGGUGUCAAAAUUAGCAACAGACUCUGUUUCUGAUCAUCAUGAAGCCGAGGCUGAGAAGCCUAAACGGAUAUUUAGAAAAGGGUUCAAUUCAACAGUGGAUUCGGUUGCAGACCAGACUGAGGUUGAAACUGAGAAGGUUAAGCGCAACAUGAGAAGGGGAUCACAUUCAAUUGUGGAUUCUACAUCAGAUCAUCCAGAGGUAGAAAUGGAAAAGGUUAAACGCAACUUAAGAAAGGUGUCAAAUUCAAUGGUUGAUUCUACAACAGACCCACCUGAGGUCGAGGCUGAAAAGGUUAAGCGCAGCUUGAGAAAGGUAUCAAACACAACAGCAGAUGCUGUAUCAGAUCAUCUGGAAGUGGAAGCUGAGAUUCCUAAGCGCAGUUUUAGAAAGGUGCCAAAGGCAACAUUGGAUGCUACAUCAGAUCAAACCAGCAUGCAGACUACAGCACAUAACUCCACAGAUACAGGAAUGCAUGAUGAACCAGUUAAGCAUGCAGCUCCAGAUCAUUUCUCAUUUGAUCCGUUAUGUAAAGAGCUUGAGACAAUUUCCUCUGUCCAGGAAGUAUCUCCAACUCAGCAACCAAGUCCACCUGAAAUUAUUUCCCAAGAGGAUGAAUUAUCACAAGAAAAGAAGGAAUCUUCUGUUUCAAAUGGAGAUCUUCUACCUUCCAAACAUGAUAAUAUUGAUUCAACUACCAAGACAGAACCUGAACUUCCCGUGACAGAGCAAAAGACAGGUAGAAGACGUAGCUCAUUUGGAUCUGUGAAAGGUGAUCAUUCAGAUAACAAUUUGCAAGGAAGUCCAUCAGUUCCUAGCUAUAUGGCUGCAACCGAGUCAGCAAAGGCAAAGCUUCGUGCUCAAGCUUCUCAAAGGAUGAGUCCAGAUGUUCAGGAGAAGAGCACUGGUAUGAUAAGAAGACAUUCUCUUCCAUCAGCACCCAAUUUGAAGCAGCCUUCCGUGUCUCCAAGAACUCACAGGGUGUUGCCACAAGUUCAAGCAAGAAGUAGAAGCGACCGAUCUCUUGGCACUGACAAGGCAAUUCAUGUCCAGGCUGACUGGCGGAGGUGACAAGUAUUGAGCUUUUCUUGAUAUUUAAUGCAUUUCCAGCAUCCUUGAGUGGCUUUUUUGUGUAGUUUACAAGUUUAGAGUGUAUUGUGCUUUAUAUGCCUUGAAAUGUCAAGGACCUUUGAGCUCAUAAUCCGGCUAUGUUGUAUAUAGAAAGCAGCCCCUACGAUAUAUCUAUGAUGUUUGCUUUCUGGAAUACAUUCUUUAUGGGUUCGCAAGCGGCGGCUGAUUGCAGAUUGUUAACUGUUGAAAAUGUUUGAGAAGGUUUUCAAACUUUGUUGUCGUGCACUUUGAAUGUUUGUGAGCUACUAUAUAUAUUUGAUUUGAUACUGUAUAAUAAUAUGGGUUUCAAUUCAGAGGUA